AGCGAACGAAUCUACUACCCCGGUCUCCUUUGACAGACGGGGAAGCGCGUGCGGUUCUCGUACCAACUCCUACACCGUAUCUGAAGAUCAUAAAAUUGACUACGUUCCAUUCGAUUCGAGUACGUACGAAUCAUAUUUCCGGUGAUAACCAUCGUUAAGAGAAACGUAAUACUCGUGAGAUAUCCUUAUCGAAUUCCGAGGAACUUUGUUCUGUGAGCUGUGCCAGUCGUGUAGAGAGACAGCGUUACAUUAUACGCGCGUUCUAAACCUUAACGAAUACGAUAUAUCGACAGUGAAGAAGGUACUAGGAACGUAGGCGAAACAUUGGAGAAAGAAGGAACGAGUAAAUUGUCGAGCGAGUAUUAAAGACAACGGGAGUUAGAGGAAGGCAAGGUCGUAGAAAGGCGGUGUCGGUGUUGUGUUUCCAAUAAACCAUUAGGUAGCUCCUCGUGAAAGAGAGAGAGAGAGAGAGAGAUAUAUAUAUAUAUAUAUAUACAUAUAUAUAUAUAUAUAUUCUUUGGAGACCUAAAGAGACGAACGUAUUUGGAAGCAAGACAACACUAUCUUCUUCUUAUUCUUCCUGUAUUCUCUAUCGACGGAGAAACAGCCUAAUAAUCGCGUCGAAGGUGCCAGUGAACGAUCUCGUGCAACGAGAACCCCGAUGUGUCAACGCGGCUGCAUUAUAGCCACUACUACUCUAUGCCUCGCACUAUCUAAUCCCGCCGCGUAUACGUGCGUCGUCCUCGUCCGCGUCGUGUGACGUGUGCGUGAAGAGAAAAGAGAAAGAGAGAGAGAGAGAGAGAGAAAAAGAGAGAGAGAGAGAGAGAGAGAGAGAAAGAAAGAGAGAGAGAAAAAGAGAAAGGAGCGGGCUUGCCGGCACGGAAUACACAAUAGAGCAAGAGAGGCGUCUCCAUAGGCGGACGUGAAGACGCGAUACGAGACUGCGUUCACGCCGUACUUUCUUUCUCGCUCCCUCUCUCUGUGUGUUGUUUUCUCUCUCUCUCUUUUUCUCCGUACAGCAACUCUUUUUAGUCAACAAAAUAAAAAAAUAAACACAAAAACAACACGCAAAGAGUAGAGAAGAGAAGCGAGCAUCGAGAAAAAUCAAAGAGAAGACAGCAGCACCAUCAACGACGACGACGACGACGACGACGACGACGACGACGACAACAACGAGUACGAGAACGAGGAAAACGACGAUAACACAACAACAACAACAACAUCAACAACAUCAACAACAACAACAACAACAACAACACUAAUAAUAAUAAUAACACAACGACGACGACGACGCCAACGACGACGACGACGUCGUCGGCCGAGAGAGGCGCGUGUACGCGCGCUCUACGAAUAAUCCAGCUUUCAUACGACUUAUCGUAGCUGAUUCUACUGCUUUCCUUUAAAGAGAACGUCAAAGCUAUACUCAGAGCCGGUCGACUCCUUCGACCUCCUCGUCGUCACUAUGGCGGACGACGAGGUUCUCUUCGACGAAGUUUACGAGCUCUGCGAGAUUAUCGGCAAGGGACCAUUCAGCGUCGUUCGGAAAUGCAUUCACCGACAGACCGGCCAGACUUUUGCUGUAAAAAUCGUCGACGUGGCCAAGUUCACCUCCAGUCCGGGCCUGAGUACAGCUGAUUUAAAACGUGAGGCCACAAUAUGUCAUAUGUUGAAGCACCCGCACAUCGUCGAGCUACUCGAAACUUACAGUUCCGAGGGUAUGCUCUAUAUGGUGUUCGAAUAUAUGGACGGCUCGGAUCUAUGCUUCGAAGUAGUUCGACGAGCGACCGCUGGUUUCGUCUAUAGCGAAGCAGUUGCUAGCCACUACAUGAGACAAAUCCUGGAGGCAUUGCGCUACUGCCACGAGAACGACAUAAUCCAUCGUGAUUUGAAACCGCAGUGCGCCUUACUCGCAGGAAAGGAAAAUUCUGCGCCGGUGAAGCUGCGCGGUUUUGGUGUCGCUGUGCAACUUCCUGCGUCCUCGCAGGCAAACGGUGUUGGGCUGACCUCCCCGAGCUGCAAUUUCCCUUUCGAGGACCUGACCGACGCCGAGGAUUCGCUAGUCAGCGACACGGAGGACAACAUUGUUCUCGGUCACACAGGUCGCGUUGGAUGUCCACACUUCAUGGCACCGGAAGUGAUUCAACGUCGGCAGUAUGGGAAGCCAGGUGACGUUUGGUCGGCUGGUGUUCUCCUUCAUGUUCUUCUUACCGGCACCCUUCCAUUUGUGGGUUCUCGCGAAAGGCUACGAGAGGCAAUUUGUAGAGGACGAGUUCAGAUGGAAACACCGUUGUGGGACUCCAUUAGCGAGCCAGCGAAGGACCUCAUACAGAGAAUGUUAACGACGGAUGUAAAUCACAGGAUCACUAUUCAAGAAGUCCUCAAUCAUAAAUGGCUCAGAGAUCGCGAUAAGGGAGCAGCACGAAUACAUUUAGGCGACACUAUAGAAGAACUUAAAAAAUUCAACGCGAGACGAAAAUUGAAAGAUGCUGUGAAAGCUGCUGUCUCUUCGGCAAAGUGGCACGCCUCUUACUCGGAAACUAAUGGCGACAGUCUUUCCGAUGUUGGCGAUGACGAAGUCACGACUACCGGAGCUGUCGCUGAAAUUUUGGACUCGCUCGACGAUAUUGAAGUUUUGCAAGAAAGCGGUAGACUGACGCGCGGUGAAAUUCUUAACGCAGUUGAGGACUAUCGCCUUCGAGCUAUUUUAGAGCUUUAUGACAGGAUCUCAAGUCGCGUACCUACACCAUGCCGAGCGCCACAAACAGACGCUGUGCAACGUGCGCGGGAAGUCGAGGAGAUCCUUCGGGAAGCGGAACACUCGACGGUACGAAACAUCGAUAGGGCCGACCUUCGAGAACUUCAAGAACUUUUGAUGCAGCCGCAUAUGAGGGCAUUGCUGCAAGCUCACGACGUGGCAGGCCACGAGGUUUAUGGCGAGGAAGCUACGAGAGUGACACCGCCCCCGUUGUUACCGUAUCUGAAUGGCGGUGAUGACCUCGAAGGUCAAAACGGCGAUCUUGAACUCGAGAACGUUACCCGCGUCAGAUUGGUGCAAUUCCAGAAGAAUACGGACGAGCCGAUGGGGAUUACCUUAAAAAUGAACGAAGAUGGAAAAUGUGUAGUAGCAAGAAUUAUGCACGGUGGGAUGAUCCAUAGACAAGCCACUCUUCACGUCGGUGAUGAAAUUAGAGAAAUCAAUGGAAUACCCGUCGCCAAUCAAUCCGUUAAUGCCUUGCAAAAAAUUCUCCGUGAAGCACGAGGAUCGGUGACGUUCAAGAUCGUGCCAUCGUACAGGAGCGCACCACCCCCCUGCGAGGUACAAUUGUUCAGGAUUAGGCCUCUGCCAGUGUUAAUAUUCGUGCGCGCACAAUUUGACUACGAUCCUUUAGAAGACGAACUAAUACCGUGCGCACAGGCCGGCAUCGCCUUUAAAACAGGCGACAUCCUACAGAUUAUUAGCAAGGACGAUCAUCAUUGGUGGCAAGCACGUAAGGACAACGCGGCUGGUUCCGCGGGUCUGAUCCCUUCGCCCGAACUUCAGGAAUGGCGUAUUGCUUGUAUGGCGAUGGAAAAGAACAAGCAGGAACAAGAUGCUGAAGGAGAAGGAGGAUGUUCUUCUCACACCGAAGGCUGCGACGGUUCGACAGUGAAUUGCUCGAUAUUCGGACGGAAGAAGAAGCAAUACAAGGACAAGUAUCUUGCGAAACAUAAUGCAGUCUUCGAUCAGCUGGACCUGGUCACCUACGAGGAAGUCGUUAAACUUCCCUAUCCUGCCUUCCAACGCAAGACUCUGGUUCUACUGGGAGCACACGGUGUUGGUCGUCGACACAUCAAGAAUACGAUUAUUGCGAAGCAUCCCGAUAAAUAUGCCUAUCCUAUUCCGCAUACAACGAGGCCUCCACGAACUGACGAAGAAAAUGGACGUAAUUAUUAUUUCGUGUCGCACGACGAGAUGAUGGCUGACAUCGCUGCUAAUGAAUAUCUCGAAUAUGGAACACACGAGGAUGCCAUGUACGGAACGAAACUGGAAACUAUUCGAAAGAUUCAUGAAGAAGGGAGAAUGGCGAUAUUGGAUGUAGAACCGCAAGCAUUGAAAGUCCUACGUACAGCCGAGUUCGCUCCGUACGUUGUCUUCAUUGCAGCUCCAGUACUUCAAAACAUCACCGACUACGACGGUAGCCUGGAACGGUUGGCGAAAGAAUCCGACAUGUUGAAGCAAGCGUACGGACAUUUCUUCGACCUGACCAUCGUGAACAACGACAUCGAGGAGACGAUCGCCCAAUUGGAGGCAGCAAUCGAACGAGUUCAUACGACGCCACAAUGGGUGCCGGUUUCUUGGGUCUACUGACAGAGGACCUCGCCAUCUCGACAGAUAGUCAACGCAGAUUGCAAUGGCUCCUCGAGAAUGAAGCAAUGAUAAAAAUAAUAACGUGAUAACGUGAUCGAGAUCGCGAUCGAACGUUCUCGAGCGAGUUGUUGAAAGUCGAAGGGAGCAACGGUGAAAGCGACGGCAAUUAAUCGUCGACGAGUCGAACGAUAUCCACAAAUUUAUAACUAUCGCCGUGUCCUUGUGAAGUGUUCAAAUAUGAGCGUCGCUCGACAUUCGACGGUACUCUUUUAUCGGAGGUUAGAGGUAGAAUAUAUUAAAAAAGAAAGAAAGAAAUGAAAGCAGCGAUCAAAAGAAAAUAGAGAACGUCCCGAUCGAUGGCUUUGUCACGUCGAGACAUUUUCCACGCUCAGUGGAAGAGUUUUCGCGCAAACGAGUCACUUCUCGAUCAUUGUCUAUUGGACGAUGGCGAUAUUUAUCAGAUCUCCGAUCUUCAAACUUACAUCGACGAAUUCGUUCGAUCCGAAACUCGAUUCCUCGCGAGCACCCGAACCCUUCAACGUAUUCCUUCAAUAUCUUCGCGAGGAAAAGCCUAUCUAUGCGCAAACUCGCUAAAUUAAAAUUAUCGAAUUAGUUCUCCUUUAGAACUAACGUGACUCCUCACCAUCUCUUCUAUCUUUUACCUAUUUAUCCUUUCCCUCUUUCUCUCUGUCCUUUCUCAACCUCCGAUCAACCUUUCGCUCUCUCUCUCUCUUUUUUUCUCUCUCUCUCUCUCUCAUUCCGUUUAACUCCUUUCUCUUUCUCUGUCUCACAAGAUUUUCAUAAAUUUCUCGCACGGCGUCGAUGCGGAAAAGACGAACUUAUAAAACGAAGAACCUCUCUACGGGUACCAAAGACUACAAAAAAGAGAGCACAGAAUACUAUUUCAAGAUGAACAAAAGAAAAUGUAUCGGCCCAUGAGAUUAACAAACGAAACAAACUAUUAAUAUAUCUAUCUUGAUCGAUUUGGCCGGCUCAUAUCUGCUGACUGUUGCUAUCUUCCUUUUCUCUAAGAUAAUCAUUAACGAAUAAAGAAAAAGAAGAAGAAGAAGAAGAAGAAAAAGAAAGAGAAAUUGAGAAAAAAGAGGAACGCAUCCCGACAGAAAAAAUACGAGUAUUUCGUCUACGACGUAAUAAAAUAAGCGUUUCGUUCGUACAAUCCUUAAAAAAAAAAAGAAAAAAAAAGAAGACAGCAAAACGAUGAAGAAGAAGAAAAAGAAGACGAAGAAGAAGAAGAAGAAGAAGAAGAAGAAGAAGUAGAAAAAGAAGAAAAAAAAAAGAAACGUAUAAGAGAAGAAAAAUCGACCGAAGACGGUUCUCCUCGAGCCGUCAAUCGUUUUACCAAAUAGUGUUUAAGCAGUAGAUCGAUUAAACUUGAUCGGUUUCCUCUAGUAUCUAUUUCCAAUAUCUUAAACUCGUAUAGGCCUCUUUCGCCAGAAAAAAAAAAAAAGAAAAAGAAGAAGAAAGAAGAAAAGAAGAAAAAAAAAAAGAAGUAUUCACGAAGACAGAACGAAUAAAAAAUAAAAGCGCGUGGCAGCUUCUUUCCUUUCGCAUCCCGCUCACUUUUUCCAUCCGCGACGUUCGAGCUUUUUCUAGCCACCCCUUACCAUCCCCCGUCGUCCCCCCCCCCUUCUGAUUCCUAUUUUCCAUCCUUUUCAAACCCUGCAGACACGACGAACAAUCCACUUCCGCUCGUUCGUUCGUUCGAUAUUCGUCCUCCCCGUUUAGCCCUCUUGUACGCUUCAUUCGUAUCCAUUGAAUCGCUUGCCGAUGCUACAACUACCGAUCGUUUCACUCUCGCAAAAUCAAAUAAAAAAUAACGAAGGUAGGCGACCCACGUAGACGCACACACACAUCGAUCGCAAGAUGUAUUUCUCGGUUCUCUUGUUAACACCCUCGUACAAAAAGCGCACGAUCGAAGGAUGUGAAGCGAACAAGGCGCGUCUUAUUAUAAGAUAUUUAUAAAACGUAAACUCUAAUAAAAUAGAUAGUCACUACAAGCUACGUGAAAAUAAUAAUUACAAAAAAAUUAACACGCUGCUGACACGCUCUCUCUCUCCCCUUUCUCUCUCUCACAUAUACACAACAAAACAGACAUACAGACACACAUACACACACACUCACACACAAGGACACACGUGUACUAAAAGAAAAUAACACGUUCAUAUACUUCCAUCGAUUUCCUAAACAAACACACAUACACACAUACAAAGCAGACAGACAGACAGACAGACAGACAAAAAUAUAUGCGUUUCACGAGACAAGUGUUAACAAGGAUUUAAAAGAUUUAUAGGUGAAUUCAAUUGCAAGUGAUUAAAUGAAUUGUGUAAACUAAUUAAUACGAAGUACUAGGAGAGAUAAUAGGAAAUUCAUGAUCCGCUAUACAUACAUACAUACAUACAUACAUACAUACAUAUAUACAUAAAUACAUGUGAAAAAAAUCGAUGACGAAGUGGCGAAAACGCGCGGUAUCUCGUUAUCCGCGACAACGAAGAGCGUCAUAAUUAAAAGAUAAAGUUAGGAAGGAAUAUGGUAAAAAAAAAAAAAAAAAAAAAAAAAAAAAAAAAAAAAAAAAAAAAAGAAAUGAAAUGAACGAUUUAACGGUGAAUACAAAAAUCAUACGGCUCUGUUUCGAACGCGUUCGACGUAAAUACUCGUGACCGUUUUAUGAUCUCGAAAAAAUAUACGCACAUACGCUCGUUUUCCUACGUUCUUCCUAUAUAUAGAGACACAUAUAUAUAUAUAACUGGCGUACGUAGCAGUUUCUAAGAGAGAGAGAGAGAGAGAGAGAGAGAGAAAGACACUUGCAUUAUAAUACAUAAUAUUAUAUAUAAUUUUUAAAAAAGAUUCAAUAGAUCAUGGUAUUAAAUAAAAGUCGAAAUCCGAUCCUCUCAGGUACUUCGGUAUUGUUUAGGAAGAAAAAAGGAAAAGACGAAAGGGGAAAGUUUUAAUCUUUAACAUUUUAAGUCGACGCACGAGAAACUGUCGAAGGUGUUUAACGAAACAGAUCCCGUAAGAUCGUAUAUGAGUAUUUAAGACGAGAUAGAUCGUCGCGUGAGAGAGAAAAGAAUGGGAAAAAGAGCAAGAAGAGAGAAAACAAGAAAAGUUAGAUUUACUUAUUAGCCCGUCGGAAUGAUAGUGUUUUGCGUGCAUGGAGACACAAAAGAAGAGCAACAAAGAAAAUUAAAAGAAUUAAAACGAAGAAAAAAAAAAAAAAAGUACUAAUAAUUAUCGUCGGAGCGCGCGAUGAGAACGAUUCGUUAAGUGAUUUUGUAAUACACUUCUUAUAAGUUGUAGCUGCCAUAUCCAGUUUAAAUACUAGGUGCGUUGAGUGAUAAUCUAACGAUGACUGUUACGAUGAUAAUGAUUGGUGAUGGUGAUAAAUAAAAAUUACGCGAUGAUUACGAAACGGUGAUGGUAAACUGAUGACGAUUAUGAUUAUGAUAGCGAUGAUAAUGACGAUACGACGACGAUAAGGACUGUGACGAUUUACGAUAAUAAUCGUGAUGAUCCUGCGUGCUUCUAUAGUGUGCGUGUCCGUGAACGUGGGUGAGUUAUGUUAAGAUGUUGACGACGGGUCUAAAGAAAACAAUAACGGUUCAUUAAAAUUAUAUAAUUAUAAAUAAGAGGAAGAGACGAAGAGUAUUAUAAACGCGUUGUUAAUUGAAUUAAUAAAACUAGCCCAAAGUA